AUGUUUACACAUUCUUCAGGAAUCAAUAUUGGACAGGCAGAAUUAACUUAUUCAAAGUCUGGUUUUAAAAAUUGGAAACUGGCUACAUCUAAAUUUAAAUUGCAUCAAUUAUCCAAAGCCCAUUUAAACAGCUCUACAUCUUUAAACAAUUUUUUACAUUUAAAACCAAUUGACAUAGUUUUGGAUCAAAAUAGAGAACUUGUGCAAAGUCAAAAAGAACAAACACGAUUAAAAAAUAGACAAAUUAUGAAACGACUGAUUGAUAUAACAGUUUGUCUUGGUAUAGGUGGUAAACCGUUUCGCGGGCAUAGUGAAAAGUCUAAUGAUAUUCACAAAGGACUGUUUUUGGAUAUAGUUGGACUCUUAACAAAAUAUGAUCCUAUUCUAAAUUAA